UUGAUAAAGGGCGAACAAGAAACAGUGCUGCCGCGUUUAUCGCUCCUAUGGGCUCCAAAAAUGUCAGAAACCCAAUCUUAUAGCUGGCUAGUGCAUAAUCUCUGCCUCCGCAGACUUGCUGGUGUUUGAUGUUUGGGAGGGAGAGAGAGAGAGAGGGAGAGAAGAGGAGGGGGGAACUCUGUCAGAGUAGCUGUACAUAGGCUAGUAUUGCCUAGCUGCUGCAGUUCAUGCCUGAGACCGGAGGAGCCGGCGGAGACGGAGGCUGAGCGAACGGGAGUUGGGAGGAAUUAAAGUGAAAAUGGAGAUUUACAAGCGCCUUUCACCUUUGCACUGGGAGCAUUAACGAUAGUAAACCAGCGACCUCCGGCGAACCGGGAUUUGUUUUUGUGGUUUUUUUUUCUCCAGCCGGUGAGAAAAGCGCAGCGAUGAAUUGAAGAGGAACUAGCCGCUCUGCGCUUUUAACUAGCUACCCUGUAUCUGAUGCUGGUGCUGGCUAGCCGCUGCUAGCUAGCUACCUGUGAAGAAUUUGUUCUGACUCACUCUUCAGCGUCUCCUUCUGCUCGACCUUCAGCUUAGAAAAGAUGAUCGAAGAGGGGGGAAAGAGGGGGAAGACGAUGGCGGAGAAGAGGCAGCUCUUCAUGGAGAUGAGGGCACAGAAUUUCGACGUCAUCCGGCUAUCGACAUAUCGGACCGCCUGCAAGCUACGAUUUGUACAGAAAAGAUGUAACCUUCACCUGGUGGACGUGUGGAACAUGAUUGAGGCGUUUCGGGACAACGGGCUGAACACCCUGGAGCACAACACGGAGAUCAACGUGUCCCGCCUGGAGACCAUCAUCUCCUCCAUCUACUACCAGCUCAACAAACGCCUGCCCACCACCCACCACAUCAGCGUGGACCUGUCCAUCAGCCUGCUGCUCAACUUCAUGGUGGCCGCCUACGACAGUGAGGGACACGGCAAGCUGACGGUCUUCUCGGUGAAAGCCAUGCUGGCCACUAUGUGUGGAGGGAAGAUCGUGGACAAACUGCGGUACGUUUUCUCCCAGAUCUCGGACUCCAACGGGAUGAUGACGUUCUCCAAGUUCGACCAGUUCCUGCGGGAGGUGCUGAAGCUGCCCACGGCCGUGUUCGAGGGCCCCUCGUUCGGCUACACCGAGCACUCCCUCCGCACCUGCUUCCCCCAACAGAAGAAGAUCACCCUCAACAUGUUUCUGGACGCGCUCAUGGCCGACCCCCCCCCCCAGUGCCUCGUGUGGCUCCCCCUCAUGCACCGCCUCGCCAACGUGGAAAACGUCUUCCACCCCGUGGAGUGCUCGUUCUGCCGCAGCGAGAGCAUGAUGGGAUUCCGCUACCGCUGCCAACAGUGCCACAACUACCAGCUGUGCCAGGACUGCUUCUGGAGGGGCCACGCCAGCGGCCCCCACAGCAACCAGCACCAGAUGAAGGAGCACUCCUCCUGGAAAUCCCCGGCGAAGAAGCUGAGCCACGCCAUCAGUAAGUCCCUGGGCUGCGUGCCGAGCCGGGAGCCGCCCCACCCCGUGUUCCCCGAGCAGCCGGAGCGGCCCCUGGACCUGGCGCACAUCGUUCCGCCCAGACCCAUAGCCAAUAACAUGAACGACACCAUGGUGAUGUCAUCGGGUGCUCCCACCCCGACAAAAGUGCUGAUAACCUUGUCCAGCGGUUGCCGGGCGACAGAGGAGCACGCCCUCAUCGCUGCGUACGUGACUCGCCUGCAGAGCGAGACCCGCGCUCUGGACAGCCCGAGCCGACUGGACGAGGAGCACCGCCUCAUCGCCCGCUACGCCGCCCGCCUGGCGGCCGAGGCCAGCAACACGGCGCAACGCCCGCCCACGGAUUUGGGCUUCAACUUCGACGCCAACAAGCAGCAGAGGCAGCUGAUCGCGGAGCUGGAGAACAAGAACAGGGAGAUCCUGCAGGAGAUCCAGCGGCUGCGUUUGGAGCAUGAGCAGGCCUCCCAGCCGACCCCCGAGAAGGCCCAGCAGAACCCCACCCUCCUCGCAGAGCUGCGGCUGCUCAGACAGAGGAAGGAUGAGCUGGAGCAGAGGAUGUCUGCUCUGCAGGAGAGCAGGAGGGAGCUGAUGGUGCAGCUGGAGGGGCUCAUGAAACUGCUCAAGGACGAAGAGCAGAAGCAAGCGCAGGCGGCCAGCCCGCCCCACUCCUCCCCCAGCCAGGGCUCGGGCCGCGCCCCCCCCAUGCCUGUCCGCUCGUCCUCCGCCGGCUCCACCCCCACCCACCUGCCCCAGGACUCGCUCGCCGGCGUCGGGGGCGACGUGCAGGAGGCCUUCGCCCAGGGUGCGAGGAGGAACCUGAGGAACGAUCUGCUGGUGGCGGCCGACUCCAUCACCAACACCAUGUCGUCUCUGGUGAAGGAGCUGCACUCAGAUAACGGAGGUGAGGAAGAGGAGGAGAACAUGCAGAGCGGGAAGGAUCGGGGUUAAACCGACUGCUGCUGAAAUAAAACAUUCUAAGCACAGUGACUGUACAGAAGCAAGCGAUCACUCUGCAAACCCUCCCCCCCCCCCCCCCCACAUCCCUCACCAUGACAACAGGCAAAUCGUCCAAUCACAGAGGAGCACCCACGAGGCCCGGGGGACACCCAUCUCCCAGCUGGCCCUCGUUCUCCCAAACACAGCUGGGAGGGACAGACUACCCUCUCUCUCUCGCUCUUUCUCUCUUUCACUCUGUCUAGCUCACUCUCCUCUUUUUACUACUCCACUUACUUUCUCUCAUUCCCUCUCUGUCUAGCUCUCUCCCCUUCCAUCUCUCAUCCUCUGUCUCUCUCUCUCUCCCUCUCUUCCCCUCCAUCUCUCUCUCUCCCUCCCUCCAUAGAACUCACUGUUUUACCUCUCUGUCUCUCUGUCUGUCUGUCUGGCUCUCUCUCUUCCCCUCCACCUCUCUCCCUCCAUCAAGCUCACUCUUUUCUCUCUCUCUCUCUCUCUCUCUCUCUCUCUGUCUGUCUGGCUGUCUCUCUCUCUCUCUCUCUCUCCCUCUCUCCCUCCUCCUGCCAGUGAGGCUUUAUCAGUAGUGCUGCAUGCUGUAGUUUUAACGCAGGGCCCAGCCCCUGUCUUGAGCACUCCUGUACACCGUCUGUGUACUUUUUCAUUUUUAUUUAUUAUUAAUGUUUUUUUUAAAGAUAACGUCUUAAUAAGCUCUCAGUGUGUGCGCUAAAUCUCCACGCCGGCAGAACUGCUUCACGCGCUUGGCGUCUCUGUCCUGUCCUAUCCCAGAAUCCCUUUCCCGAGCGCGUAUCCACUGUACAUACGGUAGACUGAACGCCCCUCCCCGCGCACUGACAUCACCGCCUGCCGUGUUAUUUGUACCGUUUCGAAGUGAUAGGCUUUGCAUGAAUCCGCAGUCCGCCCUUUGACCUCCCCGCCCCCCCGCCCUUCCCCCUGGCUGCUUUGAGCGUGUCUAUUAUUACCCAUAAUCCACCUCACCUGCUGGUUUUGCUCGAUAAGCUUCUCGUAUCUUCUUCUCUUUGCCUUCUUGUUUUUAUUUUUGUUUGUUUUGGUUUUCUGUCUGGAAGUGAUAAGAUGAUUUUUCCCUUCGGAGAUUGUUGCCACUGCUUUAUUAAUAGCGAGUGUGUUUUCAUUGGUGCCAUACGCUCCACCCCGGAGUAUGCAUCAUGCAAACGGACUGGCCUGGGGGAUGAUGGGAGAUGAAGUCCGCAAUCUGCCUCUCAAACACAAAUCUCCAGUAUGGACACAGAACGAUUGUAACUGAAAAGAAUCACUUGCGAAACAGUAAUUAUGUGUAAUUAUCUUUUACUUGUAAAUUGAUCUUGGUUGCCAUUGGACUGCCUGCUUACAUCUGUGAACGCAAUACUCCUUUACAUUGGUUAAACCACUUUCCAGCCAUGAAGCUAGUCCUGAAAAAAAACUUCAUAAAUGGGUUUUUCAGUUGGCCAAGCAAAAACAACACAGAGGUGAAAAGUGUGUUGGAGUCUUUUUUUGCAGGUCAACUCUAGUGUAAGCGUUAGCAUUCGCUGGUGUACUCUGGUGGGAACGUUAGCAUUAGCAUUCGCUGGUUAACUCUGGUGGGAGCGUUAGCAUUAGCAUUCGCUGGUUAACUCUGGUGGGAUUGUUAGCGUUAGCAUUCGCUGGUGUACUCUGUGGGAGCAUUAGCGUUAGCAUUCGCUGGUGAACUCUGGUGGGAGCGUUAGCAUUCGCAGGUGAACUCUGGUGGGAGCGUUAGCAUUAGCAUUCGCUGGUGAACUCUGGUGGGAGCGUUAGCAUUAGCAUUCGCUGGUGAACUCUGGUGGGAGCGUUAGCAUUAGCAUUCGCUGGUGAACUCUGGUGGGAGCGUUAGCAUUAGCAUUCGCUGGUGAACAGGUGUGAAGGCAGCCAGCAUAGCUUAUCGAUGCUGCUCAGUUCACACUGAGUCAUACGCCACUGUACUCUUAGCACUAGACUUAUGAAGAACAAAAUGGAGGCUAAUUAUAUGGGAUGGUGGUGGUGGGGUGGAUAUUCUACCAUUCUACCAUUCUCAUGUUUUGUUUUUGUUCCUUUGGUAAUUUUUGAGUCAUUGAUCAUAAUUUAGUUAUUUUUGUUGCUUCUUGUCUCUGAAAUUGGGCUGAGCUUUAUGCAGAUUUAUAAAAGACAUUUUUUGAAAGACCCAAAGAUUAUCUGAAGUACGUCCACUGAACAGAACUUUUAUUUGUGUUUACAGUCCGGUUGGGAGUGCACUGAUCUCGAGAAGGAAUGAAGAGUUUUGGGGAGGGGCAGUUAGGGGUCAGGGGUUCACGAACGCUUGCUCCUUCCCCUGUCAGAAUAAAAGCGUGGGUGCCUGUGCCUGCGAAAAUUAAGCUUUUUCGUGUUUCGAUAAAAGAGCUCAGGGAAAUAAUAAUGGUCUAUUAAAUAAUAAGAACAUGCUGUUGGAAGUCAGUUCUUCUCAGUAAAAGAUUAUGCAAAGAUUUUAGCGGGGGUUAGCGGAGGUUUACAGAGCCUUAUGGGCGGAGAAGGUGGUUGAAGUCGACGACGUUGGUCUCGCGUUGGACAGUACAGGUGGAGGGGAAAAGGGACAGGUGAGUCUGAGGACAGGUGAGGUCCUGAUGGAGGGAA